AUGAUGAAUUUGUACACUUCCAGGGGUGCAUCCACCUACGUGUUGUGGAAUAUAGGUCUCAUUUUCAUUGUCAGCCUUGGUUGCAUUGUGGUCUGGAACGUAGUUGGAACUUCAUCAUCCAUCAAUAAUGGUAAUGGUAGUGACACUCUGGAAUUGUUCGCGGAUCAGUUCCCCUCUCUGGAAGAAACCCUGUGGAUGGCAAAAUUGUCCAAGUCAGCCUAUGAAUUCAGGCAUGAGGACAAGGACUUUUGCAAGAAAUACAAACCUUCGGAUGGAACCAGGUGCGAGUGGUACGAUCACAACAAGCGACUUGGCACGCAAGUCCUGAUAGUUUCCAACAAGGUACAAAAGUACAUUGCCGUGGCAUUUGCAGGAACGGAUGACAUUCGAACCUCUCUGGAAGAUGCACAUGCAACACAAAAGCCGUUUGGGAACAAUUCAACCAUCAGUCUUCCGGAGGGUAUUCGUGUGCAUUCCGGGUUUGACAACGCUGUGUUCCUACAAGGAAUGUGGGAGCAAAUUUCCUCAAGGAUAAAACGGUUGGUCAUUGCACAUCCUUCCUAUAGGAUUUACAGUACAGGACAUAGUCUUGGUGCAGCAAAUUCUCUGCUUACAGCGGCUGCCCUAAGCCUCCAAGGACACAAAGUUAAAUCCAUCAACUUUGGAUGUCCGCAGACUGGAAACAAACCGUGGAGCGAGUUCUUCAAUAGAACGUCUCCCACAAAGGAUAAGCUAGCAAUCUGGCGGAUAGUUUUGGGUUGGGAUCUGGUUCCACGGCUGCCAGACUUUUUCUAUCAUGCAGGACAUACCAUCCAACUCUGGAAAAAUUCUACCAAUGUAACUAGCGUGGAAUCAUACUUUGAACACUAUGGCAACGAAGAGCUCCACUAUGCCGGUGCUCCACCUGGAUGGAAUGCAAAGCCUCAUUUCAUUGGACCUGAUGAUCUAACAUCUCACUUUAUGACGAAAUACAUUGAACAUUUGGAGGAACUGAACAGCGUGGACAGCACAUGGGUUCAUGAAUUCAAGAAAAGUGAUGACCCACCACCCCCACCACCAAUUGAUUACGAUGAUGAUGUUUUCAACGACGAUCUUCGGGAUGACUGGUAUCCAAAAGAAGCGUAA